AUGCUCGUCGUCAGCCGCCCCUCCUGUUUUUUCCAGAAGGCAGCAAUGAAUGUCCGAGACAACAUUGGGGAAGAAGUAGAUGCGGAGCAGCUGAUCCAGGAGGCCUGUCGCAGCUGCUUGGAGCAGGCUAAGCUGCUGUUUGCAGAUGGAGAAAAAGCCAUACCCAGACUGGCCCAUGAGCUUCCAGGGAUAAAGCGGGGGCGGCAAACUGAAGAUGAAUGUGCCCACCGAGGAAGCCCCGUUCCCAAAAAGAGGAAGGGACGGCCUCCUGCACACAUCCUGGCGAAUGACCGGGCAGCCUCCGGCAUGGGAUGGAAACCAAAGUCCUGUGAGCCAAUUCGCCGGGAAGGCCCCAAGUGGGACCCAGCUCGCCUGAACGAAUCCACCACCUUUGUGUUGGGAUCCCGAGCCAACAAGGCGCUGGGCAUGGGAGGCACCAGAGGGAGGAUCUACAUCAAGCAUCCGCACCUCUUCAAGUAUGCAGCUGACCCCCAAGACAAGCACUGGCUGGCAGAGCAGCAUCAUAUGCGGGCAACAGGGGGGAAGAUGGCCUACCUCCUCAUUGAAGAGGACAUCCGGGACCUCGCUGCCAGCGAUGACUACAGGGCCUGCCUCGACCUGAAGUUGGAGGAGCUGAAAUCCUUUGUCCUCCCCACCUGGAUGGUUGAGAAGAUGCGCAAGUACAUGGAAACCCUCCGGACUGAACAUGAACACCGUGCCGAGGCACCCCCCCAGACCUGAGACCAGGCCCCUGACUGCACUUGGACAUCCUCUGAGGCCCCGUCUCCUGUGGCUGGAGCCACCUCUGCGCACGCGGGCCUUCUUCUUGCAGGAUGCCAGCUUUAUUGCCCUGUGCCUGGGCUAGUCGUAGUGACUCGGCGCAGAGCACCCCAGACUGGCAUGUGGUUCUGUAUUGUGAGAGUUACUGGGAUAAGAAGCAAUUAAAAGGUUUGUAAUAAAGCCAGA